GGGAACUUUAUAAUGUUUUUCUUAAUGUCACGAACAUCAUUGGACAACUUGAUGUAGGUCUGUGUUUCACAAGUGUGAAACGCGUGCAGCGCGGCUCUCGAAAGUCUCACGGUUUUGAGAGAUGAGUAAUUUACGCACACAGAAACGUCUGGCUGCGGCUGUUUUUGGCUGUGGGAAAAAGAAAAUAUGGCUUGACCCUAAUGAGACAACAACUAUCCAGAAUGCAAACUCGCGCAAGAUGAUUCGAAAGCUGUUUAAAGACAACUUGAUAAUUCGUAAACCAGUCACGAUCCACUCUCGUUCGCGGUGCAGGAAGAACCUACUAGCUAGAAGAAAGGGUCGUCAUGCUGGUACUGGUAAGAGAAAAGGUACGGCAGAUGCUCGUAUGCCCCAGAAGAUACUUUGGAUGAGACGAAUGAGAGUUUUGAGGCGUUUGUUGAAGCGUUAUAGGGAGGCUCACAAAAUCGACAAGCAUCUGUAUCAUUUAUUGUAUCAACAGUGUAAGGGAAAUCAGUUCAAAAACAAGAGAGUGCUCAUCGACCAUAUUCACAAGAAAAAAGCUGAGCGUCUGCGAGCCAAACAACUAAGCGACCAAGCAGAAGCAAUGCGUCAACGCAAACGUGAAGCUCGUGCAAAUCGUCAGCACAGGUUGGAGGAGCGCAAAAAGGCGGUCAUAGAGAGCUUUAAUGUUGCCGUUUCUAAACCAGCUCCAUCAGUCGUCCCGAAACCUGCGCCCGUGCCAGAAGCCAAGCCUAAAGCAGAGACUAAGGCUGCGCCAGCACCUGCUCCGGCUCCAACUCCCGCACCUCAACCAGCUCCUCAAAAGGCACCAGAGCCUCAGAAGCCAGCUGCUUCAAAGGCAUCUUCAAAAGUAGCACCACCACCAAAAAUACCUAGUGCAAAGACACCAGCUGCACCACCUAAAGUCCCUACUCCUGCUGCAUCCAAGCCAACAACAUCCAAAAAGCCAGCUAAGCGUUAAAUCUAAAUAAAUUUUGAAUGCUCUGCCGUUGAUAAGUCGAGAGAGAAUACUAGAUUGAAAGUGCUUGGCGUAUUGGAAUUCAAAAAUGACUUGAACGAGAUCCAGGGGCAUCAACUUUUUAUAAACUUCUUGCUUGGUACACUGGAGGAUAUGCAUAUACAAGUUCGCUUGUUCUUGUGGAGCUGAGUACAUUGGCUGUAUCAUACAUCCGCUUGUAAAACGCUCACGGGAAUACUAUCCAGCAUAAUUAGCAAGGGGAGAACACAAAGGAGUGUACAGUUCGAUAACAGAACAUCUGGUGAAUUGUUGACAUUCGGCCCCAUUUGAAAAAUUCUUCAAAGCCAAAGGGAGUGAGAUCAAGACAUCUAGUAAUAGCUGAAGCGCUGGCGAUCCAAAAACUCAAUCUUACUCUAUGUGUCUACAAGAAAUACGUUCAACUGUUGUCCCUACCGUGGCAAUCAUGAAAAGUCAGUUUUACCAAUAAUGAUUAUCCUAUUACUUUUCUUGUCCAACCUUCCCAUUUAUUUAUGUCAUAUUUACCUUUUUUAAAUCCCUAUAUACAUCAUUAGAUUUGGUUAGUGUUUUUAUUUUUAUAUGUCCGAACCUCCUACCCAUUUCGUUAAUACUACAUCCUUAACCCAUAAUUAUGCAAACUGACGAGUUUUCCAGUUAUUACAAUCCUCUUCUAUCUUUUCUACCCGAUCUUAGUGAUUAUUACACGUUAGAAUUUUAAUUUGACCUUUGACCUGAAAUAUUUCUAGAAUGGUAUCACUACUUAUCUUCUGUUUAUUACACUUAGUAAUUUUAUUAAUCUGACCUCUGA